CUCACAAAUCUCCUAUAAUAGCUAGUUAGACCUAGAAACUUCUAAAAUAUGAAAAGCUUCUUCACGCUUCCGUCGUGCUACUGCACUCGCUUCUACUAACUCAGUCAUCCUCGCUUGGGUGAAGGCUGCACAAUCUUAGCUUGGUCGCACUCGCUUCAAAGCGCUUCUGUCUGGUGAGUGUUCAAUUUUUCAUUAUUUUUGACCGAAUUUCUGUAAUUUCAGUUUCAAGAUCACACUAUUUUCGAAACCACGCAAAUUCGCCAAACAAAUUUACCUAUCAUUAGAAACAGUGGAGGAGACAGCCUCAAAUCGACGAACCAUUAUUUUCUAAAUAAAAAAAUUGAAAUUUCUUACCUUGUUAAUGGUGGACUUUUGCUAAAUGGAAUUGUGUUUUGUUUCUGUCUGGUAUUUUCUGUAUCUUCAUGGACUUCUGUUUCAUGUAUGUCCCUGGUAUCGACAAUCGAAACUCCUUAAAUAUGAACUGGAGAGUGGGAACACACAUUGCCAUUCUAAGAAGUGUUGCAGAUCUUAUCUUUUUGGGGGGUUUGUUAACUAUUUCACUGAUAUGCUUUUAUGUGACCUUGUUCUUAUAUUGGAAUCUGUUCUGGUAAUUUCGGAUUCAUGGAAACUGUAGUCACGGUCUAUGAGAAGGGAGCAGAAGUAGUCCGGAUGUAUAAAACUUUACUGGGGAGCCAAGGAUUUCGAAAGGGUAUGGAUUUGUAUUUUGAGAGGCAUGAUGGACAAGCCGUAACUUGUGAAGAUUUUUAUGUUGCCAUGAAGGAUGCAAAUAAUGCAGAUUUUGCAAAUUUCUUGCUUUGGUACUCGCAAGCUGGCACACCAGUUGUGAAAGUCACUUCAACUUAUGAUGCUGAGAAGCACACAUUUGCAUUGAAAUUUAGCCAAGAGGUGCCACCAACUUCUGGCCAGCCUAUCAAAGAGCUCAUGUUCAUUCUAGUUGCAAUGGGUUUACUGCUGAGAAGACAGAUGCCUACCAAGAAAACAGAACACUUGAAGCUUUCAUCAUUUGUGCUUAAUCUUAUAGCUUCACUUCUGAAUUCAGAUUAGAUAUUGCGAUGACGAUUCCACUAUAUUUUGGGCGCUAGGUCCUGAUUCAGGAGUCAUAGUCAAACGUGUUGAGUGUUGCAGAAAAGAAAUCAAAAUGAGUAUUCCAUUUGAGGAAUUGGAUUCGGGGGAGGAAUGUCCAUUUGAAGUG